CACGCAGGAAGGGCAGCAAGGCAGGGCGGUCCAUUCCUGGGCCCAGCAUGGCGGCGGUGACGGCUUUACUCGCACGGCGCAGAGGCGGCAUUGGAGCUUGGACUUUUCAAUGUUUGCGAAGGCUGCACACAGUAUACCAGACGGUAGAAUUGCCGGAAACUCACCAGAUGCUUCGCCAAACAUGCCGGGACUUUGCUGAAAAGGAGCUGGCCCCCAUUGCUGCUCAGCUGGACAAGGAGCAUCGCUUCCCUGCAGAGCAGGUCAAGAAAAUGGGUAGCCUUGGACUUUUUGCAAUGGACGUACCUGAGAAGUAUGGAGGAGCUGGUCUUGAUUACUUAGCCUAUUCCAUCGCUGUUGAGGAAAUCAGCCGAGGCUGUGCAUCUACUGGUGUGAUCAUGAGUGUCAAUAAUUCCCUCUAUUUAGGACCGAUUUUGAAGUUUGGGUCUGAAGAGCAGAAACACAAGUGGAUUUCACCUUUUACCAAUGGGGACAAAAUAGGAUGCUUUGCCCUAAGUGAACCAGGCAAUGGCAGCGAUGCCGGAGCUGCUUCAACGGUUGCACAGCUGGUUGGGGACGAGUGGGUCCUGAACGGCACCAAAGCCUGGAUCACCAACGCCUGGGACGCCUCUGCAACGGUGGUCCUUGCCACCACAGACAAGUCUCUGAAGCAUAAGGGCAUCAGCGCCUUCCUCGUCCCCAUGCCAACCCCUGGCCUGUCCCUGGGAAAGAAGGAAGACAAGCUGGGGAUCCGAGCCUCCUCAACCGCCAACCUGAUCUUCGAGGACUGCCGUAUCCCCAAGGCCAACCUCCUGGGGGAGCAGGGGAUGGGCUUCAAGAUUGCCAUGCAAACCCUGGACUCUGGGAGGAUUGGAAUUGCAUCUCAGGCAUUAGGAAUAGCCCAGGCAGCUCUCGAUUGUGCUGUGGAUUACUCUGAGAAAAGGGUGGCUUUUGGCUCCCCCAUUACUAAGCUGCAGGCCAUUCAGUUCAAGCUGGCUGACAUGGCACUGGCCCUCGAGAGCGCCCGCCUGCUGACAUGGAGAGCCGCCAUGUUGAAGGACAACGGAAAGCCCUACACAAAGGAAGCUGCGAUGGCAAAGCUGUCUGCUUCCGAGGCUGCAACUUCAAUUUCCCACCAGGCGAUCCAGAUCCUGGGAGGGAUGGGCUACGUUACAGAGAUGCCGGCGGAGCGCCACUACCGGGAUGCUCGGAUUACAGAGAUCUACGAGGGAACUAGCGAGAUACAGAGGCUGGUCAUUGCAGGGCAGCUGCUGAAAGCUUAUCGAGGCUGAGGGGGAGAAGAUCUGUGUUUCAGUGCCUCCUACCUUCUUGCAGAGAUGCACAUGUGAUUAGAGAUGGUAGACCCUGGGUCUGGUUACAAGCCAACACAGAGCCCCAUUUUGCCAGAGUAGGAGACUCGGGCCACCAGUUGCUGCAUGCCACAGCAUUCACUGUGAGAGUUGAAUAGUAAGCCAGAGAGGAGAGUCUCAUACAGCAAAAGUGUCCUCUGCCUUUAAGGUGCCUUAGAUAAAGAGAUAUAUAUACAUACACAAAAUGAAUAAAUUGCACUACCAAGGG